GCGGUUGGCUCCAGAGCAACUUUUCCCCUCCAACAACCGCAGUCCCGUUUGUUGUAUUCCAGUUCGUUGAAUCAAGGUCGAUCAUCUCGUGAAUUGCCAUGUCGGAAAGGCCCCCAAGCGUAUUUCGGCGCUUGCGCAGAAAGUUCAAGACCGAAAAGGAUCCCGUGAAUGGUUCCAAGCUUUCCACAGCCUCUACGCCUACGGUCCAGAAUAGAGACGCGUCUCCCUCUUGCACAUCAGUACAUCCCACUGCUUUACAGCAAACUGAUUCAGUCGACAUCGACAAUGGCCCCAAGCUUCCUCAAGCAAAGGAGCCCAAUUUGGAAACUCUUCCUUCUAAUGCAGCAGAGCGACUUUGGGAUGAAGCUUAUGAUGCCAUUAAGCAUGAAGACGCCAAACUUGCCGAGGGGUAUGAGAGAAUUCUUUCUCAAUAUCUACAGGGUCACGGCUCCACCACAGAUUCAGAUACGUCACCUCCAAACGCCAUUAUUGCAGAGAGUCCAGAUGCGCGACGGCAGCAAAUGAAUGAGCUUAUCCGCCUGGGCCUUGAUAAAACGGCACGAGAGGCCAAAGUGAAAGAUGGCCUUGGGACAGCGAUGGGAAUUGUCCUUUCUUUAAAGGACAUGGUUAGUACGGCCAUAUCAGCCGUUCCACAAGCCUCGAUUGCCUGGUCUGGUGUAUGCGUUGCUUUGGGAGUAAGUGAGACUGCCUCAAAUCGCGAUGGGAUCGAAUACGUCAUUACUCGCAUCAGAUAGUAUGGAAAUGUUUCCAGUGUGCUAAUUAAUGAAAGCACUCUUGACGGCGCGGCCUUGUCCAGAAUGAAGAGUGAGCUUGAGAAACGGCUGGUCGAGCUCUACAAAGCUCUGCUCCUGUAUCAAAUGAAGAGUGUUUGCUCGUACCACAGAAACCGUGGCUACGGAUUCUUGCGGGAUUUAAUAAAGCUUGAUAACUGGGCAGUCAGUGUCCAAAAUAUACAGAAAGCUGAAGACAGCUUACGCCAGGAUGCUGAGGUAUACGGCAGCCAACAGUCCCGAUCACGCCUC